AUGGCCUCCUACACAUUUUGCCUGUUCGCCGGCUUAUACAACAAAAUAGAGCUGAAGGUUGGAAGCGUUUCCGUUUUGAUAUACAUAGAAAGGGGAGGAAGCGGUGGAGGAAGCGGUGGGGGAAGCGGUGGAGAAAGCGGUGGAGGAAGCGGUGGAGGAAGCGGUGGAGAAAGCGAUGAACGAAGCCGCGGAAGAGGCAGACACAGCUUUGCCAUCCGCGUGGUGAAAGAAACGCUAAGGAUGUACCUGAAGAUAAACACCUUCCGUGCCAGGUUGCAAGAGAGUAACUUCAUACAGUUUAUGCUGCUGAACACGUAUAAGUACGCAGGGGAGGAAAACCACAACUGCGUGACUCUGUUAAUGUCUGUGGUGGAGGGGAGUACCCCCUGUAGGGAGGGUGGAAACAACCUGGGAGGAGACUUCCACAAAAGGGUUUCAUUGGUCAAGCUAAUUGUGCAUGAAAUUUUUCACUUUUUGUGGGGAAACUGCCUAUAUUUUAAGAAGGCAAAAUAUUUGUGGUUCAAAGAGGGGCUUACCAGAUACUACGAAUUGAGACUGUGCGAGGUGGUUUUAUCUAAAGUUAGCACAUUUCCUAUUUGCAGGUGGAAAUUAACCCUUUGGUUCAGGCUGGAGUAUCAUUUUUAUGUCCUCCUUGUAGAUACCCUAAAUGUGUAUAAUCACCCUUUGGACUUUGCGAGAGGGGGAAAAAGAAAGCGCAGCAAUAAAAUGUACGAGAAAGACAUUCACCAUUUUUACAAUGCACUAACUUAUAACAAAGGAAUGAAUAUUUUUAAAAUUGUGAGCGUCAUCACAAAACCGCACUUCUCCCUCAUCAUGAAUUUGCUCUUCUACACAUUUUACAAUUGCUUUAUAAAUUUGAGAAAAUUUUUUAAAUUCUUUCACUUUUUUUUUCGCCUGUUUGGUUUGAAGUUAUUUUGCCAAAAUACUAAUGGGUAUGAAAAGGGUGCUAGUCGAGAGACACCAUGUGGGGGUUACUUUACCCACCUUUUGAGCUCCUCCUUUUUGAAGCGCCCCUUUAAGAAGCGCUUCCAGGAAUACUGCAUAGGGGAGGCCAUCAAUCCUGGCAGAGGGGCAAGCCGAAACGCGAAAUGGAGGAGAACUCCUUUUGUAAGGCCACGCAGAGGGAGAAAAAACAGAAGAGGGGAAGUAACUCCACGGGGGAGGGUCCAGUCAGCCCUCAGGAGAGUCCCCAAAAGGGUGGUCGCUUCCAUAAAGGCGGCCUUCCCCAAAAAACGCAGUUACUCCCUGGAGGAGAUAGUGCAGACGUACACACAAGUAGUCGGGCCGCCUAAAAUAUUUUUGAAGUUUCUUAAAAAUAAAAGUAAAUUGCUCAUAACGCAGAGGCAUUUCUACUACGACAAUUACGAGCAAACGUUUAAAGAGACGCAGGUGCUUUUCCACGUGCCUCUUAUCUUCACAGUGGGGCGUAAGGAGUACAAGGUGCUUCUAACCAGGAGGUAUGCCCUGGUAGAUGUCCGAAGGGGGAGUGAAAAAGACCCUCAAGAAAGAAAAGCAAAUCAGCUAAAUGGAGAUCAAAACACAUUCACCAUGAGCGCACAAAAUGUCUCCUACUUUUCCUUCCACUUUGUUGAUAUAUUUUCUUUUGAAUUUAUUUUAAAUUCUAUAAAGCAUAACAAAUGUCAGAUGGCGGAAAUAAUUCACGUAAUCACGAACGUUUUUCUGAGCCUUUUGGUAAGACUAAAGAGUUUGAAGCAGGUGCGGCGCUUAAACUCUUUGGUUUCUAGGCAGGUGUUCUUGCUGUACAAACUCUUCAAAGAAACGAGACGCAAAAAGGGUAAAAAGCACACCGUUGGGAUGAUCCUGUGUGAGGAAUUCUUCAAAUGUUAUGCCCAUUUCAGCUCGUACUUCUCCAAAAUUGAAGACCGGAAAUUGAAGAUAGAAAUAAACAGGGAGCUACGACCCUGUGAGCAGUUUGACUACCUUCGUGAUGAACUAGAAUUCGUAUUUAAAGACUUCAGGAAUUACCUGUCCAAAAUUUUUUUUUUCUACAAGGAAUCUAUCACGCACCUGUUGUGA